AUGGGUGUGAACCACGGCUCGGUCACUAACCACUUCCACAUGCCCAAAGAAAGAAAAGAGAUAAAUCCUAGGCCACGUGAUCAACCUGAAGCCCACUAUAUUAUCCCUUCUUUGGAAAACCGUCACUUUACUGGCCGUGAAUUCACGCUAGAUCAGCUUAAACAGAAACUAUUUCUACAAGCGAAUACUGGAAAACUAGCUCUAUUCGGACUAGGUGGCAUCGGCAAAACCCAAGUUGCUCUUCAGCUUGCCCGCUGGGUGCAAGCGCAUAUACCGGACUGCUCAAUUUUCUGGGCUCCUGCCCUUAGUAUCGAGAGUUUUGAGCAGGCUUGUUCGCAAAUCGCGAAAGAGCUGCAAACUCAUCAGAAUCCAGACGGUGAAAGUGCGAUGGAAUUAGUACACCGACAGCUAAGCUCUAAUAAAGCCGGAAAGUGGCUUUUCAUUGUCGAUAAUGCCGAUGACGUGGACUUGCUUUUUGAUAAGCUUGAUCAGUAUUUCCCUGCUAGCGACAAAGGCGUUACUUUGCUCACUACUCGUUCCCGUGAGGUGGCACUAUCGUUCGCAGGAAGGGAUAUAGUUGAGCUCCAAAAUAUGACAACGGAAGAAGGGAUUGCUUUCCUUACUAAGAUUGUAGGAGAGGACUCGCUUUGUGACCAGAGCUCCACUAUACAAUUACUGGAAGAGCUGAACUUCCUACCGCUAGCUAUUGCACAGGCGGCUCACUAUAUUUGUCGAAACGAUGCAACGAGCACACGAUACCUCGAGCUUAUGCGUAAAACCGAAAAAGACCGGAUGCGUCUAGCGAGCAGGGAGUUCCACGAUAGCACUCGCUAUCGUAGAAUGCCCAACGCGGUGACCACCACAUGGCUUAUCUCAUUCAACCAGAUUCAGGGCUCAGAUCCCUCUGCUGCUGAUUUGUUGGGAUUUAUAUCUUAUCUUGAGCCAAAGGCAAUCCCGCGAUCUAUUCUCCCCACCCUCGAUUCGGAAGAGGAGAUGGAGUUUGCGAUUGACAAACUUUUUCCAUCUGAUGAAUACACAAAUCGUGACACAUGGAGGAUGUACCUACCACACGCCCUUGAGAUUCUCAGGAGAGAGGAAAGUCAAGAUGUAAGUGAGAAGUAUAGCUUGCUUUCCAAGGUUGGGAAUUGCGUUCUAGCGGAUGGCCGAGCGAAAGAAGCUGUUACUUUUUUUCGGAAUGUGUGUGCAUGGAAUGAAAGCCACUAUGAUGAAGAACAUCCCUCUCGACUGGUAUCUCAGCACGUACUCGCAGGGGCAUACCAAUCCAACGGGCAGAUCAAGCAGGCCGUGGAGCUACUUGAGCACGUGGUCGCGGUGGGAGAGAGAACGCUCGAUGAAGAACACCCUGAUCGACUGGCAUCUCAGCACGUACUCGCACAGGCAUAUGAAUCCAACGGGCAGAUCAAGCAGGCCGUGGAUCUACUUGAGCACGUGGUCGCGGUGCGAGAGAGAACGCUCGAUGAAGAACAUCCCUCUCGACUGGCAUCUCAGCACACUCUCGCAUGGGCAUACCAAUCCAACGGGCAGAUCAAGCAGGCCGUGGAGCUACUUGAGCACGUGGUCGCGGUGGGAGAGAGAACGCUCGAUGAAGAACACCCUGAUCGACUGGCAUCUCAGCACGUACUCGCAGGGGCAUACAAAUCCAACGGGCAGAUCAAGCAGGCCGUGGAUCUACUUGAGCACGUGGUCGCGGUGCGAGAGAGAACGCUCGAUGAAGAACAUCCCUCUCGACUGGCAUCUCAGCACACUCUCGCAUGGGCAUACAAAUCCAACGGGCAGAUCAAGCAGGCCGUGGAGCUACUUGAGCACGUGGUCGCGGUAGAAGAGAGGACGCUCGAUGAAGAACAUCCCUCUCGACUUGCAUCUCAGCACGUACUCGCAUGGGCAUACCAAUCCAACGGGCAGAUCAAGCAGGCCGUGGAGCUACUUGAGCACGUGGUCGCGGUGCGAGAGAGGACGCUCGAUGAAAAACAUCCUGAUCGACUAGCGUCUCAGCGCGCUCUCCAAGGCAUCAAGCAGUCGAUCAAAGUAGCAAUCAUGGAGAACAUUUUUUCAUCAUCCCCACCUGAUAUUGGGUCUUAG